AUCCGGAUAAGGCAAUAUCCGCCACCCUUUCCAGUGAAAAGAGCGGGAAACGAACAUGAGCCUGAGCGGAGAUGACAGCGACGUGGAGAGAGACACAAAGCGGCGCCGCCUACGCCGAGGUGACGACGCAUCCGACGACGAGGACAAUGCAUCUAUCGCGUCGGGGAUCGAAGGAGAUGUGGGUGUUACGGCUGAUGAGCGCGUGUACUUCUCUGCCGACGACGAAGAGGACGACGAGGGUGAAGAUCUGAUUGAGAAUGCGCAAGACGACUACAAGCGCAUGGAUACGUUGGAUCAGUACGACAUGGGACAGCUGGAUGACCGUCGAUACGAUGCCAUCGAUGACGACACGAGGCGUCGCGUCGAAGAAGAAUUGGACCGCCGCGAUGCCCGCGAAGGGCGGUUGGCCGCCGUGCUCCAGGAGGACCAGGAGAUGGAGCGAGACGAUGCACAUCGUCGGCGAUUCGUGCGGCGUCAGGACGAAGGCGAGGGCGACGACUUGGUCCAGGACGAAGAACUGAUCAAUCUGGAGCACUUUGACGUGCCGUUGCGUGAGUUCAUCGCUGCGGAACGUCCCCGGAACGAAAUCAAGCGGCGAUUCAAACAGUUCCUCAACACGUACACCCACGACAACAAGGUCGUGUACCAUGAGAAGAUCGUCAAGAUGGCCCAGCGCAACGAGCAGAGCUUGGAGAUUGAGAUCGGCGACAUCAUCCAAUGCAUGUCCAUCUUCGCGGCGUGGAUCGUGGAAGCGCCCAAGGACAUGCUCAGUCUCUUGGACGAAGUCGCUCGCGAUGUCGUGCUGAGCUUGUUUCCGUACUAUGACACGAUCCACAAGGAAGUAUUUGUGCGUAUAUUGGACCUCCCUGGCACGGAAAAGAUUCGGGAUCUGCGGACGGCGCACUUGAACUUUUUGAUCAAAGUGUCGGGCGUGGUCACUCGUCGGACAUCGGUUUUUCCGCAGCUCCAGCUGGUCAAGUUCAACUGCGUGGCGUGUGGCGCCAUUUUAGGGCCGUUUACGCAGCAUAAAAACGCCGAAUUGUCGCUAAAUGCGUGCCCCGAGUGCCAAUCCAAGGGCCCGUUCAGCUUAAAUACGAGCCAAACCAUCUACCGCAACUACCAGAAGCUCACGCUGCAGGAAAGUCCGUCCAGCGUCCCCCCCGGCCGCGUCCCCCGGUCUAAAGAAGUCAUUUUGCUCGCCGAUCUCAUUGAUAAAGCGCGACCAGGAGAAGAAGUGGCCAUCACGGGCGUGUACAUCAACACGCCCGACCCAACGCUCAAUAUGAAGGACGGGUUUCCCGUGUUUAAAACUGUGAUUGAAGCCAACCACAUUGAACGCACUGCCGAAGGACACACGACGGUACUCACGGCCGAAGACAAAAAAGCCAUCUUGAAGUGGAGCAAGCAGCCCAACAUUGGCCAAUUGCUCAUCCAGUCGAUCGCUCCCUCGAUUUACGGACACACGUCCGUCAAAACCGCGCUCUGCCUGUCGUUAUUUGGAGGGAAACCCAAACACAUUAAAAACUCCCGGGUGCGAGGCGAUUUAAAUGUGCUCAUGGUGGGCGACCCUGGUACGGCCAAGUCGCAAUUUCUAAAAUUCGUCCAAGCGACGGCGCCCCGUGCCGUCUACACGACCGGGAAAGGCGCGUCGGCGGUGGGGCUCACGGCCGGAGUGACAAGGGACCCUAUGACCAAGGAAUGGGUGCUGCAAGGCGGGGCGUUGGUAUUGGCGGACAAGGGUGUGUGCUUAAUCGACGAGUUUGACAAGAUGAACGAGCAGGACCGCACUUCUAUCCACGAAGCCAUGGAACAGCAGACGAUCUCCGUGUCCAAAGCUGGCAUCGUGACCUCCCUCCAGGCGAGAUGUGCCGUGAUUGCAGCGGCCAAUCCCAUCGGAGGGAGAUAUAAUGCCACGCGAACGUUUGCCGAAAACGUCGAGCUGACCGACCCAAUUCUGCAGCGAUUUGAUGUGCUUUGUGUGCUCCAAGACAAAGUGGACCCGGUGCAAGACGAGCAAUUGGCUGAUUUUGUGAUUUCGUCGCACAUCAACAGCAGUUUGGACACCCCCACGGUGUCGACAGCGUCUACUCAAACGCAUUUGCCCCCAGAGUUGCUAAAAAAAUACAUUGUAUAUGCCCGAACGUAUGUAAAUCCGACGGUCAGCUCUACACUGGACACGCGAAAGAUCGAAACUUUCUACGCCCAACUUCGCAAGGCAUCGCAGCACACUGGCGCCGUGCCCAUCGCGGUCCGCCACAUCGAAUCGCUAUUUCGUAUGGCCGAAGCAUAUGCGAGAAUGCACCUCCGCGACGCUGUGUGCAACGAUGACCUGGAUAUGGCCAUCCAAGUUAUGACCACAGCGCUGUGCGACGCGCAAAAGUUCACGUUCAAACGCCAGUGGAAGAAAUUAUUUGCGCAAUAUUUGAGUUUCCGCCAAGACAAUACGAUUGUGCUCAUGCAUAUCGUCCAGGAAUUGUUUCAAGCUGCGUAUACGUACCACCAGCUUCGACAAGAAAAAAAGAAGAUAUCAGCGCCCCUGUCCGAGCUCACAGUCGCCUGUACGGAUGUCCUGUCGAAAGCCAAAUCGCUGGGUAUACUGGACCUAAGUCCUUUGUACGAAUCCACUGCGUUCGAGCAGAACGGACUCCGCUACGACCCUGACCACCAGAUGAUUCUCAAGACGUUUUAAAAACAUACAUAUAUACUUGCCAGUGUAUAUAUAUAUAUAUAUAU